GGCUGAGGUGCGCACACCACCCUCUUAUGCACCAGAACCGGCGCAAGAACCUGCUAUGGGCCGCCUGCUUCAGCUUCUCCACUUGGCCUCAUCCGUCUCAUCCGUCCUGGCCUUAUGGAGUGUCUCCAGUCCUGAUUCUGUGCAGGGUGUGAAGGGAUCCUGCCUCAUCAUCCCCUGCGUCUUCAGUUUUCCUGCCAAUGUGCAGGUGCUCCAAGGCAUCACAACCAUCUGGUAUUAUGACCACUCGGGAAAUCGGCAGGUAGUUCACCACUCGGGGAACCCCAGCCUGGUGGAAGAACGCUUCCGCGGCCGUGCCCAGUUUGUGGGGAACACCGAGGAAAGGGUGUGCAACCUGCUGCUCAAGAACUUGAGUCCCCAGGACUCGGGCUCUUAUAACUUCCGCUUCGAGAUCAGUGAAGUCAACCGCUGGUUAGAUGUCAAAGGCACUGCAGUCAUAGUGACAGAGAAGCCCAGCGUGCCCACCAUUGCCUCACCGUCAGAGCUGCGCGAGGGUGCGAAUGUGGACUUCAACUGCUCCACUCCCUACGUGUGCCAGCAAGAGCCUGUCAGCCUGCAGUGGCAGGGCCAGGACCCUGCUCGCUCAGUCGCCUCCCACAUUCAGAAGCUCGAGCCCACGGCUAUCAACCACCAGCUCAUCCUCCGCACGUCCCUGUCCUGGCAGGACCACGGCCGGACCCUGAGCUGCCAGGUCUCAGUGGCCAAAUACAAGACAAAGGGCGAGAUUCACCUCCAAGUGCAGCAUGCUCCUAAAGGUGUGGAGAUCCUCCUCAACCCCUCAAAGGGGAGCAUUCGUCCAGGCGAUGUGGUCACACUCACCUGCCAGGUGAACAGCAGCUACCCCACGGUCAGUUCUUUGCAGUGGGUCAAAGAUGGGACGCGCCUCAAAGCCCAGGGUCAUGUGCUGCAGUUGUCCCAGGCAGGCUGGGACGAUGCUGGAGUCUACACCUGCCAGGCUGAGAAUGACGUGGGCUCCUCGACCUCACCCCCUGUCAGCCUCCACGUCUUCAUGGCUGAGGUCCAGGUGAGCCCAGCAGGCCCCAUCCAGGAGAACCAGACAGUGACGCUGGCCUGCAACGUGCCUAAAGAAGCACCCAGCGAGCUGCGCUACAGCUGGUACAAGAACCAUGCCCUCCUGGAGGAUGCCCACAGCCGUACCCUCCAGCUGCGCUCGGUUACCAGGGCCGACACUGGCUUCUACUUCUGCGAGGUGCAGAAUGCUCAGGGCAGAGAACGCUCCGGGCCCGUCAGCGUGGUGGUCAUCCACCCGCCCCUCGCCCCUGACCUAUCUGCCUUCCUGGAGACACAAGAUGGGCUGACGGGCAUCCUCCACUGCUCCGUGGUCAGUGAGCCUGUGGCCACCCUGGUGCUGUCACACGGGGGACUGGUCCUGGCCUCCACCUCUGGCAAGCAUGACCACAACCCACGCUUCAGUGUCUCAUCUGCCCCCAACUUUCUGCGCCUGGAGAUCCGAGAUCUGGAGCAAGCUGACAGCGGGGAAUACACGUGCACAGCCACCAACUCCUAUGGGAACAUGUCCUCCACCCUGGACUUUCGUGCCAAUGCAGCCCGCCUCCUCAUCAGCCCAGCAGCAGAGGUGGUGGAAGGGCAGUCGGUGACGCUGAGCUGCAAGAGUGGCCUGAGCGAGACACCUGACAUCCGCUUCUCCUGGUACCUGAAUGGAGCUCUGGUCCUCGAGGGGCCCAGCAGCAUCCUCCUGCUCCCUGCGGCCUCCAGCACGGAUGCCGGCUCAUACCACUGCCGGGCGCAGGAUGGUCACAGCGCCAGUGGGCCCUCCUCGCCAGCCGUCCUCACUGUGCUCUAUGCUCCACGCCAGCCCAAGCUCACCGCCUGGCUGGACAUCGGUGCUGCAGAAGUUGGGUCUGGUCGUCGAGGCUUCCUUGAGUGCCGUGUGGACAGUGACCCCCCAGCCCAGCUGCAGUUGCUCCACAGAGGCCAUGUAGUAGCCUUUUCCCUGCCAUCAGGGGGUGGCUGCAGCAGCUGUGGGGUCUGUUCUGAGCACAUAAAGGUCAACAGAGCCCCUAACCUUCUGCGUGUGGAGAUACGUGACCCGGUGCUGGAGGAUGAGGGCGUGUACCUGUGUGAGGCCAACAACGCCCUGGGCAACGCCUCCUCCUCAGUGACCUUCAAUGCCCAGGCCACUGUCCUGGUCAUCACACCGUCACCCACGCUGCCAGAGGGCACUGGAGCCAACCUGACCUGCAAUGUGAACCGGGGAGCCGAUGGUGGCCCUGCCAACUUCUCUUGGUUCCGGAAUGGGGCACUGUGGACCCAGGGCCCCCUGGAGACCCUGACGUUGCUGCCCGUGGCCAGAACAGAUGCUGCUCUCUACGCCUGCCGCAUCCUCUCCGAGGCUGGUGCCCAGCUCUCCGCCCCCGUCGUCCUGAGUGUGCUCUAUCCCCCAGACCCUCCAAAGCUCUCAGCUCUCCUGGACAUGGGCCAGGGCCACAUGGCUGUGUUCGUCUGCACUGUGGAUAGUAGCCCACUGGCCCAACUGACCCUGUUCCGUGGGGAGCACCUCCUGGCCACCAGCCUGGGACCCCAGCUCCCAUCACAUGGCCGCUUCCAGGCCAAGGCCAUGGCCAACUCUCUAAAGCUAGAGAUCCGAGACCUAGGCCUUGGGGACUCUGGCACCUACCGCUGUGAGGCCACGAAUGUCCUCGGAGCAGCCAAUACCUCCCUCUUCUUCCAGGUCCAAGGAGCCUGGGUCCAGGUGUCACCAUCACCCGAGCUCCAGGAGGGCCAGGCCGUGGUCCUAAGCUGCAAGGUACCCACAGAGGCCCUGGAAGGGACCUCAUAUCGCUGGUAUCGAGAUGGCCGGCCCCUCCAAGAAUCAACCUCGGCCACGCUCCGCUUUGCAGCCAUAACUUUGAGCCAAGCCGGGGCCUACCACUGCCAAGCCCAGGCCCCAGACUCAGCCACCACAAGCCUGGCUGCCCCCGUCAGCCUCCAUGUGACCUAUGCCCCACGUGAGGCCACGCUCAACAGCCUGAUGGACACUGGUCCUGGGAGACUGGGUCAUCUUCUGUGUCAAGUGAAUAGCGACCCUUUGGCCCAGCUACGACUGCUCCGUGGGGACCACAUCGUGGCCUCCACUCUACAAGGUGUGGGGGAACUGGCGAGCAGCUCUCCCCGCCUAAAGGUGGCUGUGGCCCCCAACACACUCCGCCUGGAGAUCCACAAUGCAACGCUGGAAGAUGAGGGAGUCUACACCUGCGAGGCCAGCAACACCCUAGGCCAGACCUCAGCCUCAGCCAAUUUUGAUGCCCAGGCUGUGAGUGUGCAGGUGUGGCCAAAGGCCACCGUGCAGGAGGGGCAAAUGGUGAACCUGACCUGCCUUGUGUGGACCACCCACCUGGCCCAGCUCACCUACACAUGGUACCAGGAUGGGCGGCAGCGCCCAGGUGCCCACGCCAUCCACCUGCCCAAUGUCACAGCCACAGAUGCUGCCUCCUACCACUGUGGUGUGGUGACCCCUGGCCAGGCACCCCGCCUCUCCAGGCCUGUCGUCCUGGAUGUCCUCUAUGCGCCCCGCAGCCUGCGCCUGACCUACUUCCUGGAGAGUCGUGGUGGGCGGCUGGCCCUGAUCCGGUGCACUGUGGACAGCAACCCACCCGCCCAGCUGGCCCUCAGCCAUGCCGGUCGUCUCCUGGCCUCCUCGAGCGAAGCCUCCGUGCCCAAUACCCUGCGCCUGGAGCUGUGGGAGCCUAGACCCAGCGAUGAGGGUCUCUAUAGCUGCUUGGCCCGUAGUCCUCUGGGCCAGGUCAACACAUCCCUGGAAUUGCGGCUAGAGGGUGUGCAGGUGACCCUGGCUCCGUCGGCCACUGUGCCCGAGGGGGCCUCCAUCACAGUGACCUGUGAGGACCCUGCUGCCAUCUCACCCACCCUCUAUACCUGGUAUCACAAUGGCCGUUGGCUGCAGGAAGGGCCAGCCGCUUCCCUCUCAUUCCCGGUAGCUAUGGGGGCUCACGCGGGAGCCUACUCCUGCCAAGUUCAAGAUGCCCAGGGCACACGCAGUUCCCGACCUGUAGCCCUGCAAAUCCUCUAUGCUCCUCGGGACGCUGUCUUGUCCUUCUUCUGGGACUCGAGGGCCAGCCCCAAGACUGUGGUGCAAUGCACUGUGGACAGUGAGCCACCUGCUGAGCUAGCCCUGUCCCACGACGGCAAGGUACUGGCUACCAGCCACGGAGUCCAUGGCUUGGCAUCGGGGACAAGUCUUGUCCAGGUGGCUCGUAACAGCCUGCAGCUAAAGGUGCAAGAGGAGCCCUUAGGUGAUGAGAACACCUACGUCUGCACGGCCCACAACUUGCUGGGCUCAGUCAGCACCUCAGGGCAGCUACAGGCAGAAAGUGUGCGUGUGGUGGCUGAGCCAGGCCUGGAUCUGCCUGAAGGUGCAGCACUGAACCUGAGUUGCCACCUUCCUGGUGGCCCCACGCUCAUAGUCAAUUCCACUUUCACUUGGUUCUGGAAUGGCCAGCAACUGUAUGCAGAGCCUGUGCCCACCCUUUCCUUUUCCCACGUGGCCCGUGCCCAGGCCGGAGUGUACCACUGCCGGGCUGAGCUCCCCUCUGGGACCACCACCUCUGCUCCAGUCAUGCUCCGUGUGCUCUACCCUCCCAAGACACCCACCAUGACGGUCUUUGUGGAGCCUGAGGGUGGCACCCAGGGCAUCCUGGACUGCCGAGUGGACAGUGAGCCCCUAGCCACCCUGACCCUCCAUCACGGUGGUCGGGUGGUAGCCUCCAGCCAGUCCCUAGGUGCCCCGGCUCAGCCUCACAUCCAUGUCUCAGCCACCCCCAAUGCCUUGAGGGUGAACAUCGAGGAGCUGAGGCCCAGUGACCAGGGUGAAUACGUGUGCUUGGCCUCCAAUGCCCUGGGCUCCGCCACUGCCUCGACCUACUUCGGAACCAGAGCCCGGCACCGCCUGCAUCUGUUCCAGCAGCUAGUCUGGGUCCUGGGGCUGCUGCUGGCUGGCCUCCUCUUCUUCCUGUUGGGCCUGGGGGCCUGCUACAUCUGGAGAAGGAGGUGUUUUCGUAAGCUGCGCACGGGUGAGAAUUCAGUGGAGAUGACUUCUCAGAAGGACACAAUGCAGGAGGAGGCGGCCGCGGGAGUCUGUGACCGCCUGCGCUUUGUAAACAAGGCUGUGCUGGAUCCUGCCUGCCUCUGUGAAAACAGUGCUGACACAUCUGACUUGCUAUGACCUGGUUCCGAACCUCCUGUCCUUCAAGAAAAAUAGGUGGCGAGAGGAGGGGUGAACCCCAGUUUACCCAGGAAGGUGGUGACCUCAGCAGAUGCUGAAGAGAAAUGACUUGAUUAUGUUAUCCACUUCUCUUUUCUCUGGAUCUCAUAUCCCCAUUUAUCUUCCACUGCCCCUGCACAUCUUUCUCUUUGAGGCCCAUUCUGGACUAUUUGGAAGGGUUACAAGAGGCGCUUUCUACAUCCCCACAGGCCGGCCAAGGCCCUCUGU